UGUAAGUGAAAAGGCUUAUUUGAUUGGAAAAGCAUUGCAAUGUCUAAUAUUAAUGAUUAUCCUAAAACUGAAUAUGAUAGCGAAACAUGUGAUAUUAAAUUUUAUCCAAGUGUAUAUCAACAACGUUAUACAAAAGUGUGGGAAAUUCUAAACGAAUUUUCCUACACAAAAAAAUUGACAAAGGUAAUAGAUUUUGGGUGUUCAGAGCUAGGAUUUUUUACUUUGUUAAAAUCGCUUCCCAAACUAGAGCUUCUUAUUCAUAUUGAUGUCGAUGAAGAAACUCUUAAUGACAAUUAUAUAAAAGUCAAGCCACUGGUAUCAGAUUACCUACAACCAAAAACGCAUUCAUUCCAUGUACAGGUUUUUAAAGGCAGCAUUGGUGAGCAAGAUCCUGUAAUAAUUGAUGCCACUGCUGUUGUAUGUAUAGAAUUAAUUGAACAUCUUUAUCCUGAUGUUCUUGAAGAAGUUCCAUAUAAUAUAUUAGGUGUCAGUCAACCAGACUUAGCAAUAUUCACAACACCAAAUGUAGAAUAUAAUAUAUUGUUUUCGAAUUAUAAUAAACUUAGAAAUCAUGAUCACAAAUUUGAAUGGACCAGGGCGCAAUUUCAAGACUGGGCGCAAAAUUUGUGCUUGCGCUUUCCAAAUUAUUCUGUAGCUUUUACUGGUGUGGGCCCACCACCAGAUGGUUAUUCUGUUGUUGGUUUUGUUACACAAAUUGCAAUAUUUACAAAAUCUUAUACAGACAACUCUAUCAGAAAUGAUCAAUAUGAAAGCAAAUACAAACUUAUAUACGAAACAAAGUAUCCUGUUUGUAUAGAUAAUAGAACACUAGAUGAGAAAGUGUUAGAAGAAAUUCAGUACAAACUAGAAAUGUUGGCAAAUCCAAAUGAUGUAAGAUAUGAUGAAUUUAUUAAUGAUGGUGAUCGUUUACUAAUUCCUAUAAAAGAUAUAGUACCAUUUGUUGAGAAGUUUGGUGUUAAUGAGGACAGCAUUAUAAAAAUUGUAUCAGGGACUGAACUUGCAAUAAAAAAUGGUAAAGAUUUUGUUGUAAAAACUACUGCUUAUCAUCGUAAAUCUGAAUCAGAAUCUGAUUCUGAAAUUAACAGUGAUUUAGAAAUAAAAAAUGUUUAUUGCCCAAGUAAUACGGAACCAGAAGAGCUAUGGGAUUAG